CAGCUGGCAAGUUGAAGAAGGUGUUGUUGACCUCACAAGACAACUCUGCAGAGAAAGCAAAAUAAAUACAUUAAAUGUAUAAUCCGAUCUCGGGGGCCUGACUAAAUGCCUCUUAAAGGAUUAAACGCUCUCUCGCCUUUCUCUAAAUCACCAGAUGGACUUUAAAUCUGAUUAAAACAUCUCUGCGUGUCACAAAAGCACUCGCAAAGUGCGAGGUAAAAUUCAACUUGAUUAAAAGAUAAAAAGAUAAUAUAAUCAGGCACAAUGGCUUACUUGUGCUGCUUCUGUCGCAACGUCAUGGAUGGAUUUGCUUCGUUUUCCGGAGACGAAAGAGUUGAAGUCAACCAUCCUGUAGUCUUGGAUACGAAUCACAUCGGACAUGAGGUAGUCAUUGUUAAAAAUGGUACAAGGAUUUGCGGUGGUGGUGGCGCACUGGCUAGCGCUCCUUUGGUGCAGAACAAGUCUUAUUUUGAAGCCAAGGUGCAACAGUCAGGAAUAUGGAGUGUGGGGGUCGCCACGGAACUGUCACAGCUCUCGUCUGCCCCAGGUGGAAGUGAUAAGGAAUCUUGGGUCCUUUGCUCGGACGGGGUUGUUAGACACGAUGGGCAGGACAUUCACAAACUGGCGGACAUUCCUCAAGAAGGCGACACCAUUGGAGUUUCCUACGACCACAUUGAACUUAACUUCUACUGCAACGGCAAAAAUCUCAACAUUCCUAUGAGUGGCAUUCGGGGAACAGUUUAUGCGGUUUUAUUUGUUGAUGAGGGGGCGAUCAUGGACUUUGUUAGUGAACACUUUAGUUACCCUCCACCCCCUGGUUUCGAAAGAAUCUUGCUUGAGCAAUCUCUUUUAUAGUCACACCUCAGAUUGUCAUUUGAUCUUUAACACUGUUUAUUAACUUUAAGUACUAAAAGACUGUAAAAACCGCAUUCCUUUUAUGCAUCAGUUUGAAUUGCGCAUAAAUGUAAAGUGUAACUUAUUUAAUAUGCCUCUGUAUUAUGUGAAUCAAAAUACACAAUGAAUGGAAACCUCUACAGCUGAAGCUUAAAUAAAACUUUUAUUAUAACAGCAUAAUAUAUUUAAACAAAAUAAAAAAAAGUGUCAAGAAAACAACCUGAU